AUGCGCGCGGCCGCGGAAGAGGAGGAGCUGACUGCGGCGGAGUCCUACGUCCAUGCUCCGUUUGCGCUGCUGCCAGCAGAGUACCCGGCGUCUGAGCUGGAGCGCGCGUGCGCUCUCGCGCCCUCGUUCAACCGGCUGGUCGACGCGGUGGCCGCGGACCUGCCCUGGCUGGAGGCGACGCUGCGGGAGACGGCUGCUUCGGACGUCUUCACCAGGCGCCUGCUCAGGCUCGCGCUCAGAGUGGCGUCCGAGGGGCCGACGCAAAGCGCAAGCCUGGGUGUCCUGCGCUCGGAUUACAUGCUGCACGAGCCGGAGCCUGCCGAUGGGGCUGCCCCGGCACCGCCCCAGCUGCUGCAGGUCGAGUUGAACACGAUCGCCUCCUCGUUCGCCGCCCUCUCCUGCGCCGUCUCCGACCUGCACCAGCACCUCGCGACCCGCUGGCCCGCCCUCCGCGCCGCCAUGUGGGAGCGCAGAGGGCGCCCGCCCAAGCUCACCCUCAGCGACGCUCUCCCACCUAACGACGCGGUCGACGCCAUCGCAGACGCGCUCGCCGCCGCGCACCGCGCGCACGGCGGCGCCGACGCCGUCGUCCUCUUUGUGGUGCAGCCGGGCGAGCGGAACGCCGUCGACCAGCAUCGGCUGUCGCAGCGGCUGUACGAGCGGCACGGUGUGCGGACCGCCUUCCGCUCCCUCUCGCACCUGGACCAGUCAGCAAAGCUCGAGGGGCCCAGGCGGCGGCUGCUGCUCGACGGCACGCAGGAGGUGUCCGUCGCCUACUUCCGCGCCGGGUAUGUGCCCGACGACUACCCCUCAAACAAGGAGUGGUCCGCCCGUCUCCUCCUGGAGCGCUCUCUCGCCAUCAAAUGCCCGAGCGCCGCGUACCAGCUCGCCGGCGCGAAGAAGGUGCAGCAGCAGCUCGCGCUCCCUGGCGAGCUCGAGCGGUUCGUCUCGCCGGCUGAGGCCGAGGCGAUGCGGCGUGUCUUUGCCGGCUUGUGGUCGCUGUCUGGCGACAAGACGCCGCCGGACGACGCGCCGCCCGCGGAGCGCGAGGCCGCGGAGGCGAUGCGCGCCGCGGCCGCCGACCCGAGCGGGUACGUGAUGAAGCCGCAGCGAGAGGGCGGCGGCCACAACCUCUUCGGGGCCACGCUCGCGGCCGCGCUGCGCGAGCUGUCUCGCGCGCAGCGGUCGGCGUACAUCCUCAUGCGGCGCAUCGAGCCAAAGGCGGCGCCUGCGGUCCUCGUGCGCGCCGGAGAGGUCUACCGCGGCGACGCCGUCUCGGAGCUGGGCGUCUACUCGACCUACCUGCGCUCCGCCACCGGCCGCGUCCUCAUCAGCCGCCCCGCCGGCCAUUUGGUUCGCACCAAGAUGCGCGGGGUUGACGAGGGAGGGGUCGCUUCGGGCUUCGCCGUGCUCUCGAGCCCGCUCGCUUCGAAUGAUGAUGUGGUGUGA